AUGAUUACACGUCGUCCACAUGCUGCUGGCGUCUACAAGUCGAUACUGCAGGCUGUAGAGGAGAUCGCAGGGGGUGGUGGGCAGAUCUGGGGAAACCGCGUCCGUGACGGCGCUAGCCCUUCCAGUAUCGACCAUCGAUCAAGCGCCCUUAGACAGCCUUCGACCUUAUCAAACGUUCUCCUGAAGCAGGUCGCAAAGAGCGUCUGCCUCUUUCCCUAUACACGCCAUGGCCACUGUAACCAUAGGCAGAACCUACUUCGAGGCUCUCUUACGAAGGUGGGCACACUUGACUUGUUUUCUUGCACGAUGCGACCAAAGGUGUUUGCUUACCAGCCUGACAGAGCCGAAUUUCAUAGCUCUGGACGAGAAUUUGAGCUUGGUCCUAGUCUCUCCGACAUCGUAACCGUCUCCAAAGCAGAACACGAGUAUCUGCUGCAGGCCACGCGAGAGUACAAUCUGCUCAGAAAUGCUCUUUUCCGCGGGGGAUUGACGACCGAGACGCUCGAGACUCUGUUAGCAGGCGAAAACGGAGCCACCAACGACGAGCCACCACAGUACGACUACAGCUCCGAGAAAGCAUAUGCCAGGCCAAACCAUGUUCCAGUCAUCAUGAGUACGCCGCACUACCACGACACCUCGCCAGUCUCGGACAACACUGCUGCCAGACACGACCUGCAACCUAGAAAUCAGCCUUGUCCUGACCAUCGAUCUCACAGCUACGGCCUGCCCGAGUCCUCCGAUGACACUUUCCUGAGAGAUGACGAGGAUCAUGAACAGGAGCGUAAACAACGUGGUGUUCCAGUUCACGAUCAGCGCACCGUUCUCAUCACUAACCUCUCAGAGCGCACCACGCACAAAGACUUGGCUAGCAUAGUUCGUGGUGGAAGACUAUUGGACAUAUUCCUUCGUAACGACCGAUCAGCUACCGUAUCGUUCGUUGAAGGGGCCACAGAGUUCAUGGCGUAUGCCAAGCGCAACGAUAUUUACCUACACAUGAAACGCCUCAUGUUUUCCUGGAACGAACGUCAGUUCCAUGUCCCACAACAUGUUUCAAACAAGAUCGCAAAUGGAGCCUCUCGAAAUCUUGUAGUACGGGGAGUUGCUGAGAAACUCACUGCGGACGAGAUCCGCGACCACCUAGAUCACAUCCACAACCUGGUCGUCGUCGAUAUCUAUUUCAAGAAUGGUGAUGCGUACAUCUCCACCAAUUCGAUUCAUAACGCACUGUUCGCUAGAACCUGCAUGAUGUCUCGCACGGUGUACAAGGGAAUACGCAUCGACUGGUAUCCGGAUGAGUGUGCCGCACCUCUGCCACGACCAAGUUCGAAGCCUCGUACCCCUGCCAUGGCAGCUUCAAUGAAACCUAUGCCCGUUGCAAACCCAUACGCGCUCCUCGAUACCGGCUCUGACACGGACUCCGACUCUGAUGAGGAUGAAUCCUAUGGAAGAAAUGGUGUCCGUGUUGAUGGGCAUAACUGGGCUGAUGCCAUAGUAGCAUGA